AUGGACCUUGGAGGACAAGGACAGGACAUGCAGAUGGUUGGCGACGAGGAUGUGAAAGUGUGCAAAAGCACGUUCAUAGUGUGUCUGAAGCGUGCCAAAGCGCAUGUCAUUGCAAAUACUGCACAUAGGACAGGGUCUCUACAAUGCAUCAAGGAGGCUAUCCACUGGGCUUUUCAUGCAGAAGUCUAUCAACAUGCAUCUGCCCUCGAAGCAUACCAAAUGUGCUUUGAGCUUUUCGACAGCCACGUGAUGACGCGAUCGUCGAUCAUCUCACGGUGGGAGGCUGCAACCGCUUUUCGUGGUGCACAAUCACUUCCUGUAGAUGCAGCCUCAUGUGCUAUACGUCGUGACAACCUACGACGGGCAGUCGAGCUGAUGGAGCAGGGUCGUGGCCAGCAGUGGUCGCUGGCAUCGCGACUCAGGACGCCACUCGAAGAUCUCGAGUCUAUCGUUCCCGAACUAGCUCGGAAGUUCUUACAACUUAGCAAACACCUGUCUGAUGCUCAGCGUGCUGCGGCCAGCACGGACAGAGCUGCUGCUGAUCGGGCAGCGAUAGAGUAUAGGAGCUUUCUACAGAUAUAUGUUUAAUUUGGAGGAGGGUGGUGUCAUGGACUGUACGAAGGCGGCCUGGGCACUCAACUGUGCUACACACGCUGUAAAGACGAAGGUACCGCUCGAGCAGAGGAUGGUUUUCAUUCAUAUUGGUGUGUAGUUUUUAGUUCUACGUCGUAUUGCUGUCAUCUGGUGUUGUUGAUUUGCGAUCUUUCAUCCUGUUGUAAAAAUGACCUUGAUAUAUUCUUGCACUCCAGCUUAGUAUCUUGUUUUUGUAUACUCUCGUGUUUUUGUCGACUAGAUUGUUCACUGAAGUUCUUGUGCACUCGAUUCGUUUUCAACCUCG